AUGGUAUCUUCCCACUUACGUGGGGUGGGGAGUUUGGAGAAAUUCCGAACUCUGACUCUCCAAAUCCUGACCCAAGAUCUGCCGCACAACAACGGACCGAGGACUUCAGGAAUAAAGGUAAAAUGUCCGUAAUCGCAGGAGAUCUCAGCAUAUUAUAUAUAUGUAUGGGGAUUAUUCGCUAAUUGGGGGGGAUUGUGGAGAAUUUACAUAAAAUUGCACGUUUUAACCCAAAAUAGCCAAAUUGGAAAAUAAUUUGCCCGACGAUGGAGAGAGUGUGUGUUGUGGCUGAUUUGUUCUAAAUUCUGUGAUUUCCUUCUCAAUUCUCCACAUUUCUCAGUUUAGUAAAUAAGCCUCUAUAAAAUAUGUUUGUGUUUUUUUAAUCCUUUCAGAAAUUGCUUUAUGGUGGUUGGUGAGGGAAUCUGCAGAAUAGGGCAAUAGAAGGCGGGUGCCCCCUGAAUAUUGGCCGUCUCUGCAUUUGGGAUUUUAGAGGAUGUAUAGCGAGGCACAGCUUAUUCACAUACUGGCGUAGCACUGGAAGAAUUUUGGGGACACCCCUGUGAUUAGUGUUCUAAAUGGACAUCAAGCUGGGGGCGAGUGAGAUCACUGCUUUACCUGUCUGAUUAGCAAAGGGUUAAACAUAAUUAUUAUUAUUAUUAUUAUCUAAUUAAACAUAGCAAUGUUCUUCCCAUCCCCAUGUGGAUCUGUUAAAUACCAUGGCAGAUGAAUUUCCCAGUUAAUUAGAUGUGAUCUGUAUAUAAAGUGAGAUUAAUGUAUAACAUCAGAGGGGGAGCUAAUCAGAGCAAGCCUGGAUGGAUGGGGAAUCUCACUGCCUAGCUCCAAGUCUUCCUGCUUUACAAGAGAUCACAAAGCUCCACAGCAACCAAACUCACAGCAAUAUACAGUGUGUAUGAGUGCAUCACAGAGCUCCACAGCAACCAAACUCACAGCAAUAUACAGUGUGUACAAGUGUAUCACAGAGCUCCACAGCAACCAAACUCACAGCAAUAUACAGUGUGUAUGAGUGCAUCACAGAGCUCCACAUCAAUAAAACUCACAGCAAUGUGCAGUGUGUGAGUGUAUCACAGAGCUCCACAAUAAUAAAACUCACAGUGAUAUACAGUGUGUUUGAAUGUUACACAGAGUCCACAGCAAUAAAACUAACAAUAAUAUAUAAUAUUCUGGUGUAUUCAUAUAACAGGUUUAUUAAUUCUGUCUAUUAGAACAUUUGCAAUUAGAGCAGUGUAUCAGAACUAGUUGUGCAUUAAGUGGGUUAACAUUUCAUUAGUUUUAUCUCUGUAUUAGAGCUGUGUAUUGUUAAUAUUACCGACCCCUCCAUUGGAUAUCGAUAAUAUUACAGACCCCCUCCACUGGAUACUGAUAUUACAGGCCCCCUGCACUGGAUAUAUCUCAUAUUGCAGACCCCCUCCACGGGAUAUCAAUAAUAUUACAGAACCCCUCCACUGGAUAUCGAUAAUAUUGCAGACCCCCUCCAUUGGAUAUCAAUAAUAUUACAGACCCCCUCCAUUGGAUACUGAUAUUACAGUCCCCCUGCACUGUAUAUAUUUCAUAUUGCAGACCCCCUCCACUGGAUAUCAACAAUAUUACAGAUCCCCUCUAUUGGAUAUCAAUAAUAUUACAGACCCCCUCUAUUGGAUAUCAAUAAUAUUACAGACCCCCUCCAUUGGAUACUGAUAAUAUUACAGCCCCCCUCCACUGGAUAUCAAUAAUAUUACAGACCCCCUCCAUUGGAUACUGAUAACAUUGCAGACCCCCUCCACUGGAUAUCAAUAAUAUUACAGACCCCCUCCACUGGAUGUCGAUAAUAUUUCAGACCCCCUCCAUUGGCUACUGAUAAUAUGACAGCCCCCCUCCACUGGAUAUAUUUCAUAUUACAGACCCACUCCACUGGAUAGCAAUAAUAUUACAGACCCCCUCCACUGGAUACUGAUAAUAUUUCAGACCCCCUCCAUUGGCUACUGAUAAUAUGACAGCCCCCCUCCACUGGAUAUAUUUCAUAUUACAGACCCACUCCACGGGAUAUCAAUAAUAUUACAGAACCCCUCCACUGGAUAUCGAUAAUAUUGCAGACCCCCUCCAGUGGAUAUCGAUAAUAUUACAGGCUCCCUCCACUGGAUAUAUUUCAUAUUACAGACCACCCACUAGCUAUCCACACUAUUACAGACCACCACCAAUUGUCUACACUAACAGAUCCUCCACCAUCUGUCCAUUAUAUUAAUGGACCCCCACCAGCUGUCCAUUUUAGAGCAGCCCCCCUAAAUAAAUGCCCAGUAUAGUACAGUCUUUCUCAAUAGUUGCCCAUUAGAGUACACUCGCUUUCAAUAACUUGCCAUACAAUUAGAGACCCCUCACAAACUUCACAUACAGUACUAUUAAAGACCCCCUCCUAGUUAUUGCAGACCACCUACCGGAUCCGGUUGCUCUCUGUGUAUUAGAGCUAUAAAGUGAGAGCUAAGUCUCCGUAUAUGAGCUCUGUAUAUUAGAGCUAUAAAGUGAGAGCUAAGUCUCCGUAUAUGAGCUCUCUGUGUAUUAGAGCUAUAAAGUGAGAGCUAAGUCUCUGUAUAUGAGUUCUCUGUGUAUUAGAGCUGUAUAUUGAGAGCUAAGUCUCUGUAUAUAAGCUCUCUGUGUAUUAGAGCUAUAAAGUGAGAGCUAAGUCUCUGUAUAUGAGCUCUCUGUGUAUUAGAGCUAUAACGUAAGAGCUAAGUCUCUGAAUAUAAGCUCUCUGUGUAUUAGAGCUAUAAAGUGAGAGCUAAGUCUCUGUAUAUGAGCUCUCUGUGUAUUAGAGCUGUAUAGUGAGAGCUAAGUCUCUGUAUAUGAGUUCUCUGUGUAUUAGAGCUGUAUAGUGAGAGCUAAGUCUCUGUAUAUGAGUUCUCUGUGUAUUAGAGCUAUAAAGUGAGAGCUAAGUCUCUGUAUAUGAGCUCUCUGUGUAUUAGGGCUAUAACGUGAGAGCUAAGUCUCUGUAUAUGAGCUCUCUGUGUAUUAGAGCUAUAAAGUGAGAGCUAAGUCUCUGUAUAUGAGCUCUCUGUGUAUUAGAGCUGUAUAGUGAGAGCUAAGUCUCUGUAUAUGAGCUCUCUGUGUAUUUGGGCUAUAACGUGAGAGCUAAGUCUCUGUAUAUGAGCUCUCUGUGUAUUAGAGCUAUAAAGUGAGAGCUAAGUCUCUGUAUAUGAGCUCUCUGUGUAUUAGAGCUGUAUAGUGAGAGCUAAGUCUCUGUAUAUGAGCUCUCUGUGUAUUAGAGCUAUAAAGUGAGAGCUAAGUCUAUGUAUAUGAGCUCUCUGUGUAUUAGAGCUGUAUAGUGAGAGCUAAGUCUCUGUAUAUGAGCUCUCUGUGUAUUAGAGCUGUAUAGUGAGAGCUAAGUCUUUGCAUAUGAGCUCUCUGUGUAUUAGAGCUGUAUAUUGAGAGCUAAGUCUCUGUAUAUGAGCUCUCUGUGUAUUAGAGCUAUAAAGUGAGAGCUAAGUCUCUGUAUAUGAGCUCUCUGUGUAUUAGAGCUAUAAAGUGAGAGCUAAGUCUCUGUAUAUGAGCUCUCUGUGUAUUAGAGCUAUAAAGUGAGAGCUAAGUCUCUGUAUAUGAGCUCUCUGUGUAUUAGAGCUGUAUAGUGAGAGCUAAGUCUCUGUAUAUGAGCUCUCUGUGUAUUAGAGCUGUAAAGUGAGAGCUAAGUCUCUGUAUAUGAGCUCUCUGUGUAUUAGAGCUGUAUAGUGAGAGCUAAGUCUCUGUAUAUGAGCUCUCUGUGUAUUAGAGCUGUAUAGUGAGAGCUAAGUCUCUGUAUAUGAGUUCUCUGUGUAUUAGAGCUGUAUAUUGAGAGCUAAGUCUCUGUAUAUGAGCUCUCUGUGUAUUAGAGCUAUAAAGUGAGAGCUAAGUCUCUGUAUAUGAGCUCUCUGUGUAUUAGAGCUAUAACGUGAGAGCUAAGUCUCUGUAUAUGAGCUCUCUGUGUAUUAGAGCUAUAAAGUGAGAGCUAAGUCUCUGUAUAUGAGCUCUCUGUGUAUUAGAGCUAUAACGUGAGAGCUAAGUCUCUGUAUAUGAGCUCUCUGUGUAUUAGAGCUGUAUAUUGAGAGCUGAUUUUUAGAGUUUUGUCUGUAUAUGAAGCUUGGGUUUGAGACAUAACAUUUCCAUGCGUAGAGAAAUGUGUUUUUAGAUUGUAAGCUUGCAGACAAGGCUCUUGAUAACUGGAUUGUUUGUCAAACCUUUAGUUAUUAUGUCAUUGACUUAAUGAACCCAACGCUGCGGAAGGUGUUGCUGCUAUAUAAGUUAAUAAUGUGAAUGGUAAUUUUAAUAAAUGAAUGUAUAUUGGGACUUAUGACACCACGUGCCAGUGAGUGAGGUAGAGGUCGGUCUGUGUAUUUUGAGAUAAGUGAUAUAUGUCCUGACAGAUGUCAUCAUUAGCGAUGACACUUAUUGUGACCCACAUUCCCCAGCCCUGGGGUGGGUGUCCUGGGGAAGCUGUGCCUGACAUUCACUGGUCUCCAGUGUCAGACUUUCCUUACAGAGGAGAUUCCUGGCCGGUGUAGACAGCCCCUAAUUAUAGGCCAGACACAGGCAGUGACAAAGCACUGAGUGGCUGAUGAAAGGGGCAGGAGAUGGAUGUGCUAGAUUAUUACCCUGCUUGGUGGAGACUGUAAAACAUUCUCCAAAUUAAAUACUUCUCCUGUGUCUGAGGAGCGAGAAGCUAGUAAGGAGUGAUGGGAGACAUGGCCGGAGAUAGGGAUUAGAAAGAUGAUUUCAAUAUCUAUCAAUGAAGAGAUAUAGCCAUAUGUAUCAAUGAUAUAACCAUAUGUAUCAAUGAGAAGAGAUAUAGCCAUAUGUAUCAAUGGGAAGAGAUAUAGCCAUAUGUAUCAAUGGGAAGAGAUAUAGCCAUAUGUAUCAAUGGGAAGAGAUAUAGCCAUAUGUAUCAAUGGGAAGAGAUAUAGCCAUAUCUAUCAAUGGGAAGAGAUAUAGCCAUAUCUAUCCAAGAUAUAGCCAUAUAUCGAUAUCCAGAUAUCUAUCAAUGGGAAGGAGAUAUAGCCAUAUGUAUCAAUGGGAAGAAGAUAGCCAUAUGUAUCAUAUGAAGAGAUAUAGCCAUAUCUAUCAAUGGGAAGGAUAUAGCCAUAUGUAUCAAUGGGAAGAGAUAUAGUAUCAAUGGGAAGAAUAUGUAUGUCAUGUAUCAGAAGAGAUAUAGCCAUAUCUAUCAAUGGGAAGAGAUAUAGCCAUAUGUAUCAAUGGGAAGAGAUAUAGCCAUAUGUAUCAAUGAGAAGAGAUAUAGCCAUAUGUAUCAAUGGGAAGAGAUAUAGCCAUAUGUAUCAAUGAGAAGAGAUAUAGCCAUAUGUAUCAAUGGGAAGAGAUAUAGCCAUAUGUAUCAAUGAGAAGAGAUAUAACCAUAUGUAUCAAUGGGAAGAGAUAUAGCCAUAUCUAUCAAUGGGAAGAGAUAUAGCCAUAUGUAUCAAUGAGAAGAGAUAUAGCCAUAUGUAUCAAUGGGAAGAGAUAUAGCCAUAUGUAUCAAUGAGAAGAGAUAUAGCCAUAUCUAUCAAUGAGAAGAGAUAUAGCCAUAUGUAUCAAUGGGAAGAGAUAUAGCCAUAUGUAUCAAUGGGAAGAGCUAUAGCCAUAUCUAUCAAUGAGAAGAGAUAUAGCCAUAUGUAUCAAUGAGAAGAGAUAUAGCCAUAUCUAUCAAUGAGGAAGAGAUAUAGCCAUAUGUAUCAAUGAGAAGAGAUAUAGCCAUAUGUAUCAAUGAGAAGAGAUAUAGCCAUAUGUAUCAAUGGGAAGAGAUAUAGCCAUAUGUAUCAAUGAGAAGAGAUAUAGCCAUAUGUAUCAAUGGAGAAGAUGAUAUAGCCAUAUCUAUCAAUGGGAAGAGAUAUAGCCAUAUGUAUCAAUGAGAAGAGAUAUAGCCAUAUGUAUCAAUGAGAAGAGAUAUAGUCAUAUGUAUCAAUGGGAAGAGAUAUAGCCAUAUGUAUCAAUGAGAAGAGAUAUAGCCAUAUGUAUCAAUGGGAAGAGAUAUAGCCAUAUGUAUCAAUGAGAAGAGAUAUAGCCAUAUGUAUCAAUGGGAAGAGAUAUAGCCAUAUGUAUCAAUGAGAAGAGAUAUAGCCAUAUGUAUCAAUGGGAAGAGAUAUAGCCAUAUGUAUCAAUGAGAAGAGAUAUAACCAUAUGUAUCAAUGGGAAGAGAUAUAGCCAUAUGUAUCAAUGAGAAGAGAUAUAGCCAUAUGUAUCAAUGAGAAGAGAUAUAGCCAUAUGUAUCAAUGAGAAGAGAUAUAGCCAUAUGUAUCAAUGGGAUGAGAUAUAACCAUAUGUAACAUAUCAAGGUGCGCUUCCCUCAUUAUCAGACUAUCCCGUAUUCACAUCCUGACACCUCUCACAUAUUCUCUUGAUGCAUCUACAUGAACUCAAUCUUUCAUCCUACAAUGCAUCCCCAUCCUACUCUCUGAGUCCAAAUUAUAUUGUGCAAUUCAUCCUGGUUUCAUCUCUCCAGAACUAUCCUUCUUCUGCAAAAAAUUCUAAUACUCUAACUUUCUAGAUUCAUCUCCCUGAACCCCAACCAGGUUACAGUGAGUGUGCUGCUCAGGUAGUGUGUGUUAUAGGAGGUGUGGGGAGCUGCAGUGAGCGUGCUGCUCAGGUAGUGUGUGUUAUAGGAGGUGUGGGGAGCUGCAGGUAGUGUGCUGCUCAGGUAGUGUGGGUUAUAGGAGAUGUGGGGAGCUGCAGGUAGUGUGCUGCUCAGGUAGUGUGGGUUAUAGGAGGUGUGGGGAGCUGCAGGUAGUGUGCUGCUCAGGUAGUGUGUGUUAUAGGAGGUGUGGGGAGCUGCAGGUAGUGUGCUGCUCAGGUAGUGUGGGUUAUAGGAGGUGUGGGGAGCUGCAGUGAGCGUGCUGCUAGGUAGUGUGGGUUAUAGGAGGUGUGGGAGCUGCAGUGAGUGCUGCUCAGGUAGUGUGUGUUAUAAGAGGUGUGGGGAGCUGCAGUGAGUGUGCUGCUCAGGUAGUGUGUGUUAUAGGAGGUGUGGGGAGCUGCAGUGAGUGUGCUGCUCAGGUAGUGUGGGUUAUAGGAGGUGUGGGGAGCUGCAGUGAGUGAGCUGCUCAGGUUGUGUGUGUUAUAGGAGUUGUGGGAGCUGCAGUGAGUGUGCUGCUCAGGUAGAGUGGGUUAUAGGAGGUAUGGGAGCUGCAGUGAGCGUGCUGCUCAGGUAGUGUGGGUUAUAGGAGGUGUGGGGAGCUGCAGUGAGCAUGCUGCUCAGGUAGUGUGUGUUAUAGGAGGUGUGGGAGCUGCAGUGAGCGUGCUGCUCAGGUAGUGUGGGUUAUAGGAGGUGUGAGGGGUCAGUGAGCAUGCUAAAAGGUAGUGUGUGUAUAGGAGGUGUGGGGAGCUGCAGUAAGUGUGCUGCUCAGGUUGUGUGUGUUAUAGGAGGUGUGAGGAGCUGCAGUGAGCAUGCUGCUCAGGUAGUGUGGGUUAUAGGAGGUGUGGGGAGCUGCAGUGAGCGUGCUGCUCAGGUAGUGUGUGUUAUAGGAGGUGUGGGGAGCUGCAGUGAGCGUGCUGCUGAGUAAUGUGGGAAUUGUCCAGAAUAAUGCUUUAAAUGAGGUAAUGAGGGUGAAUGGGUGUCUGGAUUCAAAUAUUACUACUAAUGCCAUUGGUUGAAAUUGUAAUUGCUCCAGAACUUUACACAAUGCAAUUUCUAUUAUUAAUAAAAAAAUAUUAACUUUUUUUUAAAAUUCAUCUUAUAUAGUUUUACCUGUAGUUGAUCUGUCUCCAAAAUCUAAUAUUUCAGGAACUCUCACCUUGUCACGAUGUCACAGAAAAAAUCGUCAUCCAAGAGUAGCCGCUCCCGACCGAAAUCUACAGCUUCACCGUCUGCCACCAACAGUUACUACACGGACUCUCUGGGGUUCAUGGCGAUGGAUUGCAAUGUCCCUGGCCUCUCCAACGUCAUCCUGCAAAGACUGAACAUGAAAAGCUACGAAGAAUAUCGGUACUUGGAUAUUUAAUUUGUUCGUUGUCUCUCUCUUUCGUCAACUGCAACUUCGUACAGGUUUAUUCAUAGAGUUCUAUCAUCCUUCUCUUCCCUCCAGCCCAUUUAACAAUGAGUGUUUUUUUUACCUGCAGUAAUCUGUAGCUCAGAGUAGCCGUUUGUUUGAAUGAAAUGCCUAAAGAUCAUUUCUGGUGCAUAGAUCUAAAAGUGGAGCAAUUGGCAUGGAAACCAGUGGAAUGUUCCAGCUAAUUGCUCCGAGAUUAGAAUUUACUACCUUAACAGUCCACAUUUGCCUUGGUUGUGCAAUCCAAGAAAGGCCUGUCUUUGGGAGCACAUGAAGAUCAUUUGAAUGUCGAUGAGCAUAUAGAUUUCGUAUGACAUUUUAAUACCGUAUUUUACAGUCUGUACUGUACUAUCCAGUAUGUCAUUAAUUUCUCUAUGAAUUGUUUUGUCAUGUCAAGGGACACUACAUUGCUAUUUUAUAUCAUGGUAAAUAGCUUCAAUGACUAUCGUAGAAUUGAUUUAAAGCAGUAUCGUUGACAUUUCAUGGGUGUGACUUUCAUUUUUGUAAUUUUUUUAAUGUUUGCCACUUAAAAUGUUGGUGUUUCAAUCUCAUUAACUGCCACUCUCCUAAAACAUUUGUUCAUAUCUCGCCUGACAAUCUUGCAGUUAACAUUGAUUAAGCAUCGUCCUCUCACGAAGGAUUGUGUCUGAUUCAGCCCCAGUGAUGUCUCUUUAAUUCUUUUCCAGAAAAAAAAAAAAAAAGAAACAAAACGUCUUGUUAUUACAACAUAGCGCAGUUGUUACUUGUUACGUAAUAUUUUAUUUAUUAUAUAUGGCUAUAUAAGGCAUUUUAUGCAGAUUUUCUCUUAAUCUCCUCUACAAUAAAUUGUGUCAGUAUGUAUGUUUCUCAUUUGUUUGUGGGUUUGCCAAUCUCCUAUCCCCCUUUAAUGUCAAUUCAGCUCUAGUGCCCAGUUUGCAGAAUUUGUUAAAAAGGGGGAAAACAAAGACAAAUAAGAUAUUCCUGUAAGCAGACACAUUUGCAUAAAAUGCCCUGCUUGUGCCUUUUAUAAGGGUGAUAUGAAUCAUACAUGUGAUUCAUACAUUUAAAUUAAAAAUGAAUAAUGAAAGUAACUUAUGGGUUCUAAAUACGCCUAUCUCAAAAAUGUCAGAUGCUCUUUACAUUUUCCUUUGUACCUGUCCUCAGGACUGCAGUUACUGGUACGAGUCUUGCUACAAAUUAUGGCAUUCGAACGUACUCGGAGAUGUUUCAGAAGAUGGAAGAUACCUACAAAUUCUGUGCUCAGUGUAAGAAACUCCCAUCUCACCUCUCCGAUCCUCGCAACAUGAGGCGCUGCAAAAGGUAUACCGUCAAUAAAUAAGCCUGUACUUCCUAUACUUUGGAACUGCAUGUGUGGCAGACUACCUUUCCCACAAUGCACUGCAAGGCAUGCAGCAUCGUUGCUGUGUACAGUACUGCCUCUCACUGCAUCAGACUUACAACAGCCUUAAAUUAACUAUUAACAAGCUGUAUCCAAUGUUUACAUACCAUUUCUGUAAGUCGUAUGUCGGAUGUGUUUUGUUAGAAUUUAAUAUUUGCCUUGUUUACCUAUAGUUCAGCGAUGCGAAAUAUGUUGGCGCUAUAUAAAGAAUUGUAAUUAUAAUUGUAGGGACCUUUGCGGUGUAUUCACUAAAGUUUGAGCUGCAGAAUAAGAUCUGCUUCUAACACAUAAAUUAAAGUUUAUAGAGGUCCAUGGGGUACAUCUCAUGCGAUCAAGUGUGAGAAUGAAUAUUUCAUAUAUGUGUGACGCAAACAGAAUUCCUUCUGGCGCAAUACAAUAAACAGAUCAAUAAACACCCUUUCCCCGUGUUCGUUACCAUCUCCACUGAGCUUUAAUCAGAGACGUUCUGAUCAGCAAAUAACACAGUGACUGGUAACGUCUUGUCAGGGGCUCACGUCGGUCUUUCUUGGUCAGAGAGCCCCUAACAAGAUGUUCUGAUCAGCAAAUAACACAGUCACUGGUAACGUCUUGUCAGGAGCUCACGUUGGUCUUUCUUGGUUUAGAGAGCCCCUAACAAGACGUUCUGAUCAGCAAAUAACACAGUCACUGGUAACUUCUUGUCAGGAGCUCACGUUGGUCUUUCUUGGUUUAGAGAGCCCCUAACAAGACGUUCUGAUCAGCAAAUAACACAGUCACUGGUAACGUCUUGUCAGGGGCUCACGUCGGUCUUUCUUGGUCAGAGAGCGUGCCUGAUGAGAUGGCAUGCGUUCACACAUGGUUCAAGACGUUCUCUCGUCCUGUUAGCACUUUAACAGAUAUACACAUUCUGUGUCAUCCAGCUCUCAUUUUGUCCUUCAUUCCAAAGACUUUGAUUAUCUGCGAUCCGUAUAACCUUAGGGAGUCACCGAGAUUGCUACCACAAUAUAAAUGACCAUACCAGAGGAUGGCUGUCUCUUUUCCUCGUUUUCCUCUGAUUAUCCAGUAACUCCACAUAUAACUGCAUGGCAAUGUCAAUUUAUUAAUACAUGCAUACUAACAAAUCAUAUACAAUUCUAUAAAGGGUAAUUUCAUUAUAAUUGCAUAGAUGAAGGACCGUGAUUCACAAACUAUGUGCGUUUAAUCAUUGGUGAAACUGGCCACAAAUGUGUAUUGUACAAGUUAGACUUAAUAGAAAACUACUGCUGCAACCGAGAUGCUGUCAGAGAGGAUUUAAAUAGUGCUAAUAACUCCAAACUGUCCUGAAUUCAGUGCGACAGUCCCAAUUUACGCCCCCUGUUCCUUCACUCUGCAUUGGUUCUCCGGUGUCCUGCUUCUGGGGCCAAAAGUGACAAAUUUUGUAAAAGCAAAGUAUUAAAGUGUUAUUGGACGCUAGCAUAAUUCAGGGUGUAUCUGCCCAUACCAGGGUCCUGGGCAUGUCAGACGGAAGGCUAGAGGGGCAGCCAGUCAUUCAGACACACACACCAGAGUAACAUGCCCCCCUCUAUAUUGGAAGGGGUGGUAGUGCCAGCCAGGUGUAGUAGAUGUGAUUAGCAGCAUCCACAUAUUCCUAACCAUUAAUGCAGCACACCCCAAACUGUCCGGCUUUGGAUGUACACAUGGCAUGAUGCCCACAUUUGUACAUUCACAAGAGACUGGCACAAGCACACAGGAAUUCGCUACGCAAGCAGCACCAAAGACAGGCAUCAAUAAUAACAUUAAAUGUUAGAUAUCUCUAUACCUGGCUAGCACAAUAUGUGGGUUAAAUUAGGAGGACAACGUAAAAACCAGAGACCGACAUCUUCUCCAUAACAGAGUCCCUUUAAAUGUAUUUAAUGUAAAAGCUGGAUAUUAGGAAAAGCUAAAUAUUCACUAAACAACGGAUUGUAACUGAGCUGAUCUGCAAAAUGCAGGAAAAAUAGCAGAUUUGAAAAUAUUCUCCGAUUUGUCUCAAGUCACAGUUUUUGCUAUUUUAGCUUCGAUUUUAUGAUCGGGGGUUUAUUUCGCUACCAUUCGGUGUUUAGUGAACAAAUCCCUUUGAAUGAAAAUGGAAAAUUCUCUUCUAACGGUAAAGAGACACGAAGCUUUUAGUAAGGGACACAGUGUCCGUUCUCCCUCUGCCGUCGUCGCACUGUGCUAGUUUAUCAGUCUGCAGGCGCAGUGUUGGGAAUUUCAGUAAAUCUACAUCCGUGCAGAGAAACACGGCAGCUUUGUAUGGACUUGGCAACGUCAACAUGUGUCGGAGAUCCACUAAAUCCGUCCACAUGCCAAAAACAUUUGUUAUAUGUUCACUACAAGCUGCUUAUCUGAUUGGCUAUUCAGGGUUAUUCAGUAAGAGUUUUAUCUAAUUAACUCCGAGCUGUAACAAAUUAAAACACAAAUAGCUAAAUGUAGGCUUAAGCAGUCAAACUGUAGAUCUGGCUUGGAGAAUUUUUUUAAUUUCAACAUUUUUAGCCUGAAAUUAAAUUCACUUUUAAUUCAGUUUGAAAUCUCAACAAUUGAUAUUUUAGUGAAUUUCCUUACAGUAUUUCGUUCUUGUCUUAUCCCUGAAGCUCUUAAUUCUGUUUUUGCUCUGGAGGUUUUUUUGCGCUUUGCAUCAGUUCACAUAUAUUAAAGGGACAGUAUAGUUAAAGGACCACUAUAGGCACCCAGACCACUUCAGCUCAAUUAAGUGGUCUGAGUGCCAGGUCCCCCUAGUUUUAGCCCUGCAGCUGAAAACCUUCAGAGAAGCUGCUAUGUUUACACUGAGGUUUAAUCCAGCCUCUAGUGGCUGUCUCACUGACAGCCGCUAGAGGUGCUUCUGCGAUCCUCAAUGAGAAUCGAAUUGAGGACACACUGGAUGUCCAUAGGAAAGCACUGAGUUAUGCUUUUCUCUGGGCGGUUUGAAUGGGCGCAUGGCUCUACCCGCGCAUGCGCAUUCAGAGCUGACGUCAGCAGAGGGAGGAGAGGUCACCGGCACCAAGGGAGCCCGGCACUGGAUUAAGGUAAGUGGCUGAAGAGGUUUUAACCUCUUCAGCCCAGCGGCAGAGGGGGGGGACCUAAUAACCCUACAGGGCCAAGAAAACAAGUGUUGUUUUCCUGGCACUAUACUUCUCCUUUAACAAAAUAACUUUAACUUAAUGAAGCUGUUUUGGUGUAUAGAUUAUGCCCCUGCAGUCUCACUGCUCAAUUAUCUGCUGUUUAGGAGUUAAAUCACUUUGUUUAUGCAGCCCUAGCAACACCUCCCUGCAUUUGAUUUACACAAUUCUUCCUAAACACUUCCUUUAAAGAGUCAUCUAAUGUUUAUACUUCCUUUAUUGCAAAUUCUAUUUAUUUUAGAAUCUUUUAUCGCUUGCUCUGUUAAUAACUUGAUAGACCCUGCAGGAGCCUCCUGUAUGUAAUUAGAGUCCAAUUUACGGAGCAGGAGAUAAAAACUUUUAAAGUGAGUUACAUCUGAUUGAAAACUAAACCAUGUUUUCAUGCAGGCUGUGUCAGUCACAGUCAGGGGAGGCAUGGCUAUGGCUUCAUAAUCAGAAACAAAAGUUAUUUAAGUCCUAAAUGGCAGAGAAGUGAGCAGUGAGACUGCAGGGACACGAUUUAUACACCAGAACAGCUUCAUUAAGAUAAAGUUGAUUUGGUUACUAUAGUGUCCCUUUAAAUAGUUAGCAAUACCCUUUUGUUUGUGAAUUGUAUUCAAUACAAUUUUCUGUUUUUUAUUUACUCCUUUUCACUCAUUUGGGCUUUUUUCAUCCUAAUAUCCUAUUAUUUUUGAUAUGUGACCCAUCGUCUUGCAGAUGUCAGAACGUGUAUUACUGUAGCUCAGAGUGUAUUCGGGAGAACUGGGCAUCGCAUAAGAAAUUCUGCCGGAAACUAAAGUUGGCAGCGAUUGACCGAUUAGUCGAAUGGCUGGUCUUUACAGGUAACACCCAUAAAGUUCAUAAACAUUAACCUUCAAGACUAUAUACCAAGGGUGCCCAGCUUGGAAUAAAAUGCCAAUAAUGCCAUAGACAAGGUUCAUUUUUUACCUAACGGUCACCGGUCGCUAACAGUGUGGUUUUUAUACCUUCACCAUCAUUUGAAAACAAUUAAGAGCCAGUGGGGUAUCUGUAUUCGCAAUUAAUUUCCCUGUUCCCUUCAAAACACCAGCAUUUUUAGUUUUCACAAUCUGCUGCACGUGUGGAAUCUCGGAGUACAGAAGGGAGAUAUUCAAGCCAGUGGCAAUAGAUUACCCCUCUCUUGCUUACGUUUCAGUUUGCUCUGUUCAUUUUUUUUGAAGCUGCUAUUGAUUCCCCACUAACAGUUCCAGGGUUAUACAAUGAAGCACGUCAAGUGCCUACUGCCACAGGAAGAUGCAAACCGAUAUCUAGCCCCCAGCAGAUGAUGAACUGUUGUUGGCACGUAAGUGCGGGCAGGGCCCUAAACGGGGGACAAUGUGGACAAUUGAGAUUGGUAUUCGACUGUUCAUGGUUACACGUCGUACAACUCCUAGAGUACUGGCGACCCAUCGAACCAUUGGAAAAGCAUUUCUGGCAUUAAGUAAUGUAUACUCCAAAAUCAAUUCUUUAAAAAAAAACAGCACCAAAGACAAACUGUAUAAUAUUGAGCUUAUGAUAUGCCAUGAGCUUUCUCAGCUGUAGUCUGCUACAAAAUCGAUCGUCGUGGGACGAUCAUAUUCCUCUGUAACAGACGUAUGCAGCUGCAGGCAACAAUAAUUCCGGUGACACGGGAACACUGGAGACUAGUUCCAAGAUAAUUGUAACUGUAUUUUCUGAAAUAUAAUUACUUUUUAAAAUGAAAUGAAUGUCGUAAGUGCCAUCGUGUUGCUGUAUUUGCCGAUUAUUCAUAUUGACAUAUGUAAAGGUAUUAAUAAUGCAAUAUACAUAGAUGUGCGGUUUGGGGGUAGGAGACAGUUUGAAUACAACCUGAGGAUCUAACAUUUUACAUAUCUUGACUUGUUUAGUGUUAUGAAUUCUUAUACACAACUUUCAUUGGCAUAUUCAAUGCCUGCCAUUUUUCCAUCACUUUCGAACUCAGAUAAAACUAUGACUAGCUGCAGCCAUCACGAUAGUGUCACUUAAUGUCCCUAGUUCUUGUGUUUAAGAUUAUAUCUACGGUAUAUUUCUAAUGCUUGAGUUCAGUUGUGCUUGACUCAUUGGUCAUAUUUUCUAUUUAAGGAGAUAUUCCAUUUACGACUGGACCUUGGAAAAAACAGCAUUCGGAGAUAAAGAGCUGGGAAGACUGGUUUGCCAUGCAGGAGGAUCUUGAGGAGAAACUAGACAACAUAAUGUCUGGACGCUACAUGGCAAUGUUGUGGUCCAACGCUGGGAAGCCCAGGCCAGAAAAUAAUGAUCUCAGGGAAUCUAUAAAGCGCUUGACAUGUGACUUUUUCUCUCGACCAAUGUGCAUUGGUUUUGCCAUGAAUACCUUCCAUGUUGACCCCUAUAGUGGACCCAUCACAAUACACGUUGUUGGAGCUUCUCACAUCGAGACCUUGAACAUCAGGGCCACAGAUUACGAUGAACUUGCCAAGAUGUUUCCUGGAAACCAGGGCCUGGAAGUGGUGAUGGUGGGACCCGAAAUUGUAGACAGUCCAGUCAUGAGACCUCCACUGACUGCAUUUGGACCACGUGGGAGAGUAUAUCUGAGUGGAUUUAGAGGACUGUACCAUGUAUUCUGGGAGACUCUGAUAGAAACCAAAAAGGCUGCAAGACCUGAUCUUGUGGUGGGCUUCCAUCCAGGUGUGUAUAACUAGUGUGCCUAUUUAUAAUGGCCAAUGCUCCACAAACACGAUUUAUCUAUUUGUCUAUUUAAGAUUUCUUCAGUACAUGUGUGUCUAGAAGCAGGAAUAAUGCUUUAAGUCAUGGGAUUUUGAACCAGGAGAGAAACAUAGCGAUGUACCUCUCAGCAGAGCCAAACAACCACCUGCUGGACCCAUAUAUUUAUACUCUGAGAUUGGGGCAGUAAAUAGAUCAGAUGGUUUCUCAGUAGAGGAGAGUAAAGUGAAACAUUACCACCACCCAGCUUGUUCUCAGUAGUUCAGGCUUUAUAGGGAGUUAAAAAAAUCCUGCGUAUUUACUGCCCGUGGAGACAUUUAGCUGUGAAUCUCUUGUGAAGCCUGUUUAUCCAACCCCUGCCUACCAGCAACAGUAGCUUGAGCCCUAAGUACAGCUGGAAAAAGGCUCACUGAGAUCACUGAAACAUUUCUCAUACUGAGGUUAACAGACAGCUGAAGGAAGGCACAGAAGAGAGAGGGGCAAAUAAAUUCUGGGCUGGGGUAAAUAUCUGGAUAACUCCCGAGUUAGACCACCAAAUCCAGGACCAACAGUCUUGCAAUGUCCUGUGUAGUGGAUUAAAUCUAAUGGGAGUGGGGGACCCCAUUAGAAGCAACAGGAAACCUGUUUUACUUUGGUGAAAUUAUCACUCAAACUUCAGUCCAAGCUCUGAUUAAUGUAAUAGAAACAGGGACAAAAGGGUCAGUAAAGUUACAUUACAUAGUUACAUAGCUGAAAAGAGACUUGUGUCCAUCAAGUUCAGCCUUCCUCACAUUUGUUUUUUGCUGUUGAUCCAAAAGAACUAGGAAAAAAAGUCCUUCUUGACCCCAGAAUAGCAGUCAGAUUUAUCCUUGGAUCAAGCAGUUAUUACCCUACAUUGAAAGAUUAUAUCCUUGAAUAUUCUGUUCUUGCAAGUAUGUAUCUAGUAGCUGUUUGAACAUCUGUAUGGACUCUGAUAAAACCACUUCUUCAGGCAGAGAAUUCCAUAUCCCGAUUGUUCUUACAGUAAAAAAACCCUUUCCUUUGCCUUAGACAAAAUCUUCUUUCUUCCAGUCUAAAUGCAUGGCCUCGUGUCCUAUGUAAAGUCCAGUUUGUCUUUUAACUUUUUGAAAACCCAUGAGGAUACGUCCUUUAAAGGGACACUAUAGUCACCAGAACAACUACAGCUUAUUGAAUUUUUUCUGGUGAGUAGAAUCAUUACCUUCAGGCUUUUUACUGUGUCAAAAAUAAACAAUUAAAGUGAUAGUGCUUGGAAGAAUAUAUUCAUCCUCUUACAAAAGAUUCAUUAAAUACACUUUAGUUUAUUUAGCGAUAGCACUAUUUCAUUUGUCUCCCACGUUUUAAAUUGGUGUAUGACCCACCGAUAUUGGGGUACUGGGAAAUAGUGGUGGGCUUAACACAAUAUGGCAAUAUGGCAGAAUCCCCAUGUUAGUUUGCUGAGAUAGCCUUAUAACAUGUAAAACUGUAUGUUUAUGUGUGCUCUGUUCCUUAAUCUGUAUUGGGUAUGAAUUUUAGUCACUACGGUAAGACCAUUCCUGCAAAAUGCAUGUUCCAGUUGUGCCCCCAAUUCCUUUGUCUGCACAGAUUAUUUAUUGGGUCUUUAAACUGUAUUUUGUUUUUCCCUGAAUUUAUUUAAAUACUUGAAAAACACCAUUUUAAAUGUUAAUUUUGGUGAUAUACUGUCCAAUAGCUAGGAAGGAUAAGUGUGAGGUCACAGGUACAGCCCCAGCAUAUAUAAAACUGUGGCCCCCUCCCUUUAAGCUAGCACUAUUUGUUAUAUGACAACCACUGCUACAGAUUGGUUCUGUUGCUGAACCUAACAAAGUGGCAGAGGUUAAACUCUGACUCUUAUCUCACAUUAUGUGGUUUGGUUGGGACAACUGUGUCACUGUCCACUGGUUAUGGACUGCAUGUCUCAUUAUCCAAGGGCUGGUGAAAAUUGCAGUUAGAGCCAGCUUGUAUGCCACUGCCGGCAUAUUUACAUAUAAAACAGGUGCUGAUCCUUUCUUUCUGUUCCUGUAACGAGGUCCACGAUGUGCGACAUGACUUUAUCCGACAGUAAUCCUCCUGAGCUUUAUGUGAACUCAGCUCACUAUAUAUAAAUACUGGGCCCCGCCACCCAUGGAAUUUCUCACCCUCCAGCUCCAUACGACGGGACAUGUAACCCAUCCGGGGUCGUAGUUUGCAUGCAGUGUGUACUGAGUUCACUUUAACAGAGUUUUCGAGAAUUUAAAGUGAAUUUCAAAGUUUUGGGCCACAGUAACUGAUUUGGAAAAAAUAUUAAACAAAUUCUCCACUUUGGCUGUGUUUCCACAAGAGCUAGUCAAAUAAAGUUUGAAUUUCCCUUUAAAUUCGUGACCAUUCCCACUUUAGUGAAUAAGUCUGCAAGUCUCUAUAUUUGCCAAACACAAUCGUGUCCAAUUUCCAUCUCACCUUCCUUCUACCUGUCCUUUAUUGUUCCAGGAUUCCAUGUCUCCCAGGGUCUGACAGAGGGAUGGCUCCCCACUCUGCUGCUACUGAGGGACUACCAGAUCCCAUCUCUGUUCACCUUGUACAGGUAACAUUAAUAGUUAGAGGGCAUUUUGAUGGGCACUGCUUUGUAGCUUUCUCUUCAAGUUGUGCGGCUGGUUGUGCCAUGUUCAAUUAAUGUAUAACACAGUCCAAAUAGAAUUUAUAGUAAUAUUUAUCCUCUAGGUCAGGGCUCAAUACUUCCACUAGCCAAUGACGAGUAGAAAUUCCCCCCCAGUGAGCGUACCAUGGUGGCCCCAGUUUUACAUUGGAGAUCAUAUUUUAGGCUUGUGUCGGGGCAUAGGAUUUGAAAUUUUAAUCACAUUGCCCCAGGUUCUGACCCAAAUCUGUGCCCUCAACAGAAGGAUUAAGAUCCCACAGGGCCCGGCUGGUUAUCAUUUUGGGACCACAACCUCUUCACAUAGAGCUGGGUUAUGGGGCCAAGCAAAUUCCUAGUUUCAGAGCCCCUGUGUAACCCGUCAGCGGCUGCCUAUAGUCACCUUAUGGUUAACCCUGCUCUGGGUCUCAUUAUGGUAAUGAUAUGAUAUAAUCUGAGUUCCUAUCACUGAUAAUAUUGGGCAUAUAGAACCAGACACUGACACAGCCCCAUGUAACAAGGUGAUACUUUAACAGAGUACAGUCGGCAGGAGCAGUGACACAGUGCUGUGAGGGUGUACUUACAGUGACACAGUGCUGUGAGGGUGUACUUACAGUGACACAGAGCAAUGAGGGGGUACUUACAGUGACACAGUGUGGCUAGUGGGUAUUCACAAUGACACAGUGCUGGUAGGGGGGCACUCAUUGUGACACAGUGCUGGUAGGGGGCACUCAUUGUGACACAGUCCUGGUAGGGGUCUCUCAUUGUGACAUGGUGCUGGUAGAGGGACACCCAUUGUGACAGUGCUGGUAGGGUGGUCUCUCAUUGUGACAUAGUGCUGGUAGGGGGACACCAAUUGUGACAUAGUAGUGGUAGGGGAGCUGUCAUUGUGACAUAGUGCUGGUAGGGGGGCUCUCAUUGUAACAUAGUGCUGGUAGAGGGUUUAUUGUGACACAGUGCUGGUAGGGGGUUUAUUGUGACAUAGUACUGGUAGGGGGGCUGUCAUUGUGACAUAGUGCUGGUAGGGGGACACCCAUUGUGACCUAGUACUGAUAGGGGGUCUCUCAUUGUGACAUAGUGCUGGUACGGGGGCUGUCAUUGUGACACAGUGCUGGUAGGGGGGCUCUCAUUGUGACACAGUGCUGGUAGGGGGGCUCUCAUUGUGACAUAGUGCUGGUAGGGGGGCUCUCAUUGUGACAUAGUGCUGUUGGGUGGCUAUCAUUGUGACAUAGUGCUGGUAGGGGGGCUCUAAUUGUGACAUAGUGCUGCUGGGUGGCUGUCAUUGUGACAUAGUACUGGUAGGGGGGCUCUCAUUGUGACAUAGUGCUGCUGGGUGGCUGUCAUUGUGACAUGGUGCUGGUAAGGGGCUCUAAUUGUGACAUAGUGCUGCUGGGUGGCUGUCAUUGUGACAUAGUGCUGGUAGGGGGGCUCUAAUUAUGACAUAGUGCUGUAGGGGGGCUCUAAUUGUGACAUAGUGCUGUAGGGGGGCAGCGGGGCUCUCAUUGUGACAUAGUGCUGGUAGGGGUCUCUCAUUGUGACACAGUACUGGUAGGGGGCUCUCAUUGUGACAUAGUGCUGGUAGGGGGGCUCUCAUUGUGACAUAGUGCUGUAGAGGGGCUCUAAUUGUGACAUAGUGCUGGUAGAGGGGCUCUCAUUGUGACAUAGUGCUGUAGGGGGGCUCUCAUUGUGACAUAGUGCUGGUAGAGGGGCUCUCAUUGUGACAUAGUGCUGGUAGGGGGCCUCUCAUUGUGACAUAGUGCUGUAGGGGGGCUCUAAUUGUGACAUAGUGCUGUAGGGGGCUCUCAUUGUGACAUAGUGCUGGUAGAGGGGCUCUCAUUGUGACAUAGUGCUGUAGAGGGGCUCUAAUUGUGACAUAGUGCUGGUAGAGGGGCUCUCAUUGUGACAUAGUGCUGUAGGGGGGCUCUCAUUGUGACAUAGUGCUGGUAGGGGGGCUCUCAUUGUGACACAGUACUGGUGGGGGGCUCUCAUUGUGACAUAGUUCUGGUAGAGGGGCUCUCAUUGUGACAUAGUGCAGGUAGGGGGGCUCUCAUUGUGACAUAGUGCUGGUAGGGGGGCUCUAAUUGUGACAUAGUGCUGCAGGGUGGCUGUCACUGAAGUCCUGUUAUAAUUUUCUUUUUGCAGUGAACAUGAAUUGAAGUAUUCCCUUCAGAUCCUGGCAGAGUUGGACACCAAUGUUUUAGGAUGCGGUCCUCUCCCUUUCUCAUCUUUGAAGCUCGAGCAGGUCCAGUCCGACCCUAACAAGCAACCUGUGAACAGCAACGCUCUAUACCUGACCUUCAAGGGUCCCACAUGGCAGGAUUCUGAGGCCAACAUGGGGGACCUCGAAUAA